AUUUAUAUAAGCUGGCAGAUGCUGUUUAGCUAUGAACCUUCAAAGUACCCGGAAAAUAGAAAAUGGAUAAUUUUGGUUCUGUUAAUAUAGCAAUACACGCUUUCAUAUUGUGCUUUUUCAUUUGUAAUGGUAAAGCACAAAGGUUGUCCAUAGCAUACCAUCCAACUAGUGGUGCCACAUGGGAUAUAUCUUUAACAGCUCAGAGAAUGCGAUGUGGCGUCAGAGGACCCAGGUCUACUGUAGUUGAUUGGUACAAAGAUGGCAAACGCAUUACUGGAAAUAUGCGUGUAUGGAUAGCCAAACCUGAUUAUAUUGAUGGUGUUAUCAUAAGCUACAUUAUCUUCAAGACUUUAUAUAAAUCCGACGAGGCAGUAUACGCAUGUAAAGCUCAUAACAGUAGAGGUAAUGCACAAUCAAGGCCAGCCACUUUGACAAUCAGAGGUCCACCUGGCGUAAAUAUGCAAUCUUCAUCACCGGAAAUUAUAGCUGUAAGUUGGCAUGAACAAUUUUCGAUACCCUGUGUUGGCAAAGGCCCACCAGACGUGGACAAAGUGGUUUGGAAUUAUAAAGGAUUCAAAAGUUCUGCUGUUCAUAAACCAGUAGAAAUCUUGUAUGGAACGCAGCAUAAACCAGUGAGAUUUCCUAGUUUGACUGCUCUUCCUAGGGAAGAUGAUGCUAUGGCUAACAAUAUUCUGUUUUAUGAAGUGUUUUGUGUGGUACAUAACAGAAGAGGGAGUGCUAAUUCAACAAAAACAAGAAUUAACAUAAAGCGUAAACCUGGAAUCCCAACAGUGCAUGAUAUUGUUUCAUCUUCUGGAGGAGCUAAUGCAUCAGUGUUUUGGAAAAUAUCGUCUAAUGGUUUUGAUAGAAUUACAUCUUGUUCAUUACAACUGCAUUCUAAACCAGAUUUCAUCAAAUCUUUUUCACUACAAAUAUCUUCAAGAUCAGGAAUGAAUGAAAAAGUUUUAACUGAUUUAACACCAGUAACUGAUUACACAUUUAUUGUAAAAUGUUCUAAUACAAUUGGUGCAUCAGACUGGUCAAAAGAAUAUAGUUUCACCACUGCAGAAGGUUUUCCAGAUCGUCCUCCAGGAGAUGUCACUGUUACACCUGUUAGUGAAAGUCGCCUCGAAGUGUCAUGGUUACCCGUUCCAGAGGUCUAUGUCAAUGGCAUUCUCAGAGGAUAUAAAGUAAAAUUGUUGCAUGGCAAUGGCGGCCAUGAGGCAAGGAAAUUGACUACUGUGGAUCCUACUAAGACAACAUUCAAUUUUUAUGAUUUAUCUCCUGGAAAGACAUUCUGUGCCAGGGUUUUGGCUUUCACCAAUGUAGGAGAUGGACCUUUGAGCACUUCUAGCUGUGCUGCAACCCUAAGUCCAGCACCGCUUGAUCCUCCUAUCAUUGAGAAUGUCAAACCAGGAAAAGGACAAGUCACAGUAACAUACAGAGAUGGAAAUAAUCGACAAGGACAACUUCAAAAUUGUACAAUCAUAAUUCAAGAUUCUGCCAAAAUUAACCAGCAGCAUCGUCUAGAUGUACAACUACAAAAUGGUCCUGUAGAAAAUACUAUACGAUCACUUUUGCCAAAUGCUGCAUAUAGCGUUACCAUGAGAUGCAAUUCAGUAAAUGAAGUUUCUGUUUUAAGUAAUACAAAGUAUUUCAGAACGCUAGAAGAAAAACCUAAAUAUGCUCCACGUAGCUUAACACUCUCUGAACACUAUCAUGCACUUGUAGCGUCAUGGAGCUCUAUAGAUAACUCACGUCUGAAUGGAAAUUUUACAGGAUACAACAUAUGUAUUUCUUUCAAACUCGUGAAAUGUUAUGAUUCUGUAAAGGCAACAAAUUUUUCUUUUGCUAAUGUUGAGGCUCAAGGUGUAUAUACUGUCGAAGUAGCAGCAUGUACAAAUGCAGGUUGUGGACCAUUCCAAUACAAAACUUUCAUUAUGUCUUCAUGGACAACAAUUACUCCAGUAACAGUAAAUACAACCAAUGUUGCUAUGACACCUUCACCUAAUAAAGAUGAGAAAAGUGUUGUUGUGAUUGUUUGCAUCAUCAUUGGAAUAUUACUCAUUCUAUUUGGUGUUAUUUUCAUAUCUCUACGAAAAUUCAGAGCUAGAAAAGCUAGUAAUACAAACAAUAGUCCGACUGUGGUGUACACACCAGCAAAUGGUCGAAUGGCUGUUGGAGAGUAUGAUGAAGUUCCAAAUUUGUCACGUAGUAAUGCAAAUACACUAAAUCCUUAUUCCACACCAUUGCUUGCCGAUUCCUCAAUGCUUUCACCAGAAACAAUGACAAAACUCGAGAAAUUUAAAUUUGGUCGAGAAAGAUUAAGAAUAUUUAAAGUGCUGGGAGAGGGUGAAUUUGGCUGCGUUUACAAAGGUAAAUUUGAACCAUUCGAUACAGAUGAACCCACUGGGUCCGAUGGUACAAUUGACGUUGCGGUGAAAACAAUGAAAAUGAAUGAAUUUGAUGCAAGUGAACGAGAAGAAUUUGUUAAAGAAGGAUUAAGAAUGAAAGAUAUGGAUCACCCACAUGUAAUGAAAUUAAUUGGAAUUUGCUUGCCCGAAGACGGUUCGAACACAAAUGGUAAUAACCAAAUUCGGCUCUCUGGGUUUGAAGCGGUGUCACCUCUAGUGGUUCUUCCUUUCAUGAUAAAUGGUGAUUUGCGGUCGUACUUGUAUUUGGCUCGUACGACAAAUGAUGUUAAAGAUUUAACCCUCAAUAGAUUACUUCAUUUUAUACAUGACAUUGCUAGUGGUAUGGAGUACUUAACAAUGAAAAACAUUAUCCACAGAGAUUUAGCUUGUCGAAACUGUAUGUUGGAUGAAAAAAUGCGAGUAGUCGUUUCUGACUUUGGACUUUCUCGCCAAAUUUAUUCAAGUAAUUAUUACAGACAGAGAAGAGUUGCAAAAAUGCCAGUAAAGUGGAUGGCAUUGGAAAGUCUUGUUGACAGGAUAUACACAACCAUGACAGAUGUGUGGUCAUUCGGCGUUACAGCGUGGGAAGUAUUCACUUUUUGCCAAAAUCCAUAUCCUGGAGUGGCCAAUCAUGAAAUGCAUGAGCUUUUAAAAGCUGGGACAAGGCUAAAACAGCCUAAAGGAUGUCCGAAUGAUGUUUGGAAUGAUGCAAUAUUUCCAUGUUGGGAUCCAAGACCAGAUGAACGACCCACGUUCAUUGAACUUGUAGAUAUGUUAGCAGACUUUAUAAAAGCUUAUCCAGCUGACUAUCAAGCAUCAGAAGCAAGUGCAGCAAGUUAUGUAAAUGUUCUGCCUCCUGAUCCUUAUGAAAAAUUAUCAUCACACACUGAUCCAUUACUAAAUAAGGUACGUAGUAAUACUGUAUCAAGUUCUCACAAUGAGGUACCAAUGCCAUAUGAAACGGCGGUUGCAUGUGGUACAACUAAAAACGGGAAUUCACAAAGCCGAGAUAGAAGUAGUAGCAAACGUCCUCUCCUCAGAAUGCACGAAGAUGACGAUGAAUUGCCUUCUGACAAUCAUUCUCCUAGAGUGAGCUAUUUGUGAUUACGGUACCUACAUGAACCGAGGUUUUCAAAUUCAUGUUUAUGUAUAAUCUAUUUUUUAUCGUUUGAUUUGUUUUGUCUGAAGUAAGCCUACAUCAUGUUUGAAAGAUUAUCAUAUACAAUAUUUUAACCAUAUUCCUGUUUCCUAGUUUAUUCUUUAUACAUAUUAAUACCUCUUCAUU